AUGGCGUAUUACGCCAUAAAACAAGACAAGCUAGGGGAGGGGAGGGCAUCCGCGACCGCAACUCCAGAUCCUCAGAACCAAGCGUCUCGAGACACAGAUGCACCUCAUAGAUUCCACCCUUCUCAAUCAGCCUUUCGUCUCAGCCGGCGUGUGCGGCCGCCUCCAAUGCAUUUCGCUCCUGAAGUCGAGCAUGGCAGUCGAGUCCCUGCGGAGCCUAAGAAGUUGGAUCGGCGAGCAUCCAAAGGGGGAUUGCGCGGAAUUUUCACCAGGUCGAAAGCUCAGGCCGAAAAUAAUAUUGUGUCGCCCGUCAUGGAAGAACCUCCUCAUGCUUCUGCGGUACCCGAGACACCAAGGAGCAAUGUUCUUCGCAGUCUUUCCAUCAAAAGGGCUCCUACUCCCGCAUCUCAGGCGACCCCAACAACUCCAGCGAGGCCCACCCGCCCACCAUCGCGGAUGAGUUUGAGAUCCAAGUCAGUAAAGCAGCCAAGAAUACCGAACAAGCCGAGCCCCAAGUCCACGAAAUCCUCAUCCUCCUCCAGAGCUCCAAGCCGCACAUCUCCCGCAUGGGAUCCUCCGCCCCUCUUUCAGGCAUACCCGCAAAGUAUCAAGCAUGCCACAUUGAUAGCGUCGACUUUAUCAGCAGACGCCAUAUUGCGCAUGAAUAACCAGAGGAGGAAUAAUAGCCUGAGGAACGAGAUUGCCCAAAUUCGACCCGGAACGGGUGGACGUGGUCAGAAUGCUGCGGCGAAGAGAACAGAGAAGGCCACAACCAAACAUCGGCGGCAACUUUCGGGUUCGAUUUCGAAGGCAGAUUGGACCCAUAAGAUCUUCGUUUUGGUGACAUCUGGGUACCUGCUGCAGUAUGCAGGAGAAGGGUCAUUUGAUCGGCUCCCCGAGAAAAUGAUUCAACUUGGCAAGGAGUCGGUAGCGUUUGCCAGUGACGCGAUCCCGGGAAAGCACUGGGUUGUGCAAGUCUCGCAGGCAAUGGACGCGGAUGGCGCUCCUGCAGCCGAUUCGAGAUCCCUUCUGUCACGCUUGACAUUUAGGGGUGCAGAUUACCGACGAACAGCUACCAGUUUCCUUCUGAUUCUAAGUAGCGCGGAGCAGAUGGAUUCUUGGUUGGCCGUGCUUAGGAGAGAGGUUGAGGCUCUCGGUGGUAAGAAGCAAAUCUCGGAGACAGGGAGACCAAAAGCAGACGACAAAGUCAUGCAAUUGAGAGCUCAACCCAGCCACAGAUACUUGAUCCAGAGGGACCCGGAUCAAUUUUCCAAUCCGUCUUCCCCGCGUAGCCCAUCUGGAUAUCCACCGUGGAGCGAGAGUCAACUUCAGGAAGGGUUGGAUGACGGGGCUUCAGCUUUGGCAAUACCCCAGAUGGCAUCUACCCGACCUUCUACGGAAAAUAAUUCUGCCACCAAUAGUGUUGCAUCCCAUGAUGGACAACAGCUUGAGGGUUUAAGAGACAGUGCGAACCGGCUGUCGUUUAUGUCCUCUGGUCAACGGACCUUGAUAACGUCACAAGGAUCAUCUAUAACAAAUUCGCCCACUAGGGAGAGUUGCUCAACAUUGGAUGAUUUCCCACAAAAGAUUUCGCUCGAGGACUCACGGCUGAGACCAAACGCAUCGGCCAUAAAUGAACGUCGACGAUCUAUGCAGACCACGCCCAUCCCUACUCUUGAAGCACACACACCCAGAAAUUUCCGCCAUUCUACCUAUGGUGGUCCUACUCGCCCAGCUCGUUCUCCUAUUGCCCCAAAUUUCAGCACACCAAAUCCCUCGAACAAGAAAUACCCCACUAGAGGCCCUCCUCUCAGCAAAGGUCCCGGAGGAGAUGCUAGGAGUAUUCCCCAUAUUGUAACGUCUACACCACCAAGCAAGAUACGCCAAUCGAUGAUUCAGAGCAAAGGAAAAGGCUUGCCUGCUCUACCCCUUAACAGGCAGUCAUUGCCUCGUGUUAGAGACUCGGCGGCCCUGCUAACGCCCGUUGAACCAUCUGUCGAGUAUGUACAUGGAAUUGAGCCUCCAUGGGAUGACAACAACGCUCGGUCUUCUAGGCCAAACACAGCAUCUCUAGAAACUGGUAUGCCUGAGCGCAGGUCUAGUCUAAUGCUUAUUGAUCCCUCGGAUACAGCCAUGAGCAACUUUCGAUUCCCCCAACCGGAUCCAGAUGUGCCAUUUAGUGAUACUGUUCCCGAGAAGAUUACCGAAACAUCUAUCACACCCGCUCUACCACCGACACCACCCGCGGUCAGCCCUCUAUUAGCAUCACUGCCCAUCUCUUCAAAUCGCCGCAAGGAGCAUGUGGCAAAGCCAGAGUUGGGAAAGGUGCCCUUGAGCUCACCUGUGCGUGCGAAAAGCGCAAUACCAAAACUGCGUCGUCCCGUGAGCAUGCAAAUACGAAGCUCGUCGAACUCAGCUAUGAACUCGACUCGUCCCAUUGCUAGGCCCUCGCGAUCUGCGCUACUGCUUUCCCCGCCAAGCCACGAUGCUGCCGCUGAAACCAUUUCGGCCUCGAGCUCAACUCCUAAGCAAGAUAUAAAAUCUCCCGCAUUCGCCUCAGCUCCAAUACCGGCUUUGCAACAGCUUCACUCGGAGGAUGAUCCAAAGAGCUUGGCCAGCAGGAAGAGUAUGCCAUUGCUAGCGACUGGACCACCUCCAGCGCCGCCGCCAGAUUGUGCAUUGCCUCCCUUGCCGCCGCCGGGCGCGGGAUUGAAACCAGUCUCGAAAAUCCCGGUGCAGGCGUAA